AUGUCAUAUAAUGGUAUUGGCUUACAAACGGCCAGAGGCUCUGGCACAAAUGGCUAUGUUCAAUCUAAUUUAUCAAGUUUAUUUCUUGCAAAAAAAAAAAUCGAAUAUAAUGCCGAAGAUGAUAUCAGGCGAAUGGAAGCAGAAGUUAAUAAAGCUCCAAAUCAGGAUUUAUUAAAUCAUGAGAGAAAAAGACAGGUUGAGAUUAAAGUAGCAGAGUUUGAAAUGCUCAUGGAAGAAAAAGGGUUUGAUGAUGACGAGAUAGAAAAAAAAACGAGCGAUUAUCGAAAACUGUUGCUAAGCCAAUUAGAAUCGGGCGAGUUAAAUCUUGAUGAUGAACUUGAUAUUCGAAAUAGUCAUGCCAAGAUGGAUUUUGGUAAGAAGAGCCGCGAUAAAUGGCGAGACGCUUUUGGACUGAAAAAAGAUUACGUUCCAGGUAGCUCAAUGGAGAACAUGAAAAAAACAGAUGUUGUCGGAGCAGCUUUGGAGGCUGAACCUGUUACAUUAUGCCCUAUGGCUUUUUUUGACGAAAGGGAAUUGAUUGAUUUGAUAAGGCAUGAACUCCGGAUUGAGGAUGACCUGGGUUUUACUGCUAGGAUAAUACCACCACCCAACAGAAGAGGCAAAUAUGGAGGACUGCCUCUCAACUUCCGACAGUUACCUUCUGAAAGCGAGGAUGAGGAUCCUUUUGUGGAACAGCAGUUUCAGAUCUUAGAAUCUGAACCAAAAGGGUCUAAAUGGGAGAUAGAAAAACGAAUGCGCUCACGUACUGUAUGCAGUAAUAAGAGUUAUCAACUUUCUUCAGUUGCUGAUAAAACGGAUGAUAUCUCUACAUUAUUUAUAAGAAAAUUGCCGGAGCCCAUCCAGCCACAAACAAAUGUAUCGGAACUCUCCAAGCAAAUCGAUAAAAAUCUUCGAAAAUUUCAAAAUCCUCUGAAUGAAUAUAGUCGCUUCGAAGCUGUGCCAGAAUCAAGAAGUUGUCAAAAGUUUAUCGUGAAAUAUCCUGAGAUUGGAGAAGAUGGAUCUCUUGGCUUAGAGGUUUUUGUUUUGCCUAAUGCCAUGGUGUUUGAGUUAGUUGGUUUAUGCUGUCUAAGAUAUUUUCUUCUCACUUCUACUGAGCUGCCGGGGAAAGUUGAGGAAUAUUCUUUGUUUAUCGUUGAUGAUGACACUAUGGAAAUUGAUAGAGAGUUUCCUCCUCUGGAGAAAAAUCGUGUGGUUGGUGAUCUUGGUUUUCCUUCUCUGGCUCUUGUUCGCGCUAAUAAUAACGAAGUGUUUCCGGAAAACGAAAAGAAAAUAACGGUUAUAGUUUUUUUCACUUCUGGUGAAGAGUUCCUUAUUGAUAUUCCCAAAGCUUCAACCAGCAUUGGUUGGCUCUGUGAUGAAGCGCUACGAAGAUGGAGAGAGUCCAAACAGAACGAAGUGGAGCUCAUUCCUGAUGCUGUCUACAUAGUCGAGUCACUCGCAUGUGAAGGAAAGACUUUUAGCAAAGAGUCAAAAAACAGUUCGCGAGUUGGUUUUAAUCCCAGAAAGCCCCAGUUCACAUCCCAAAUAAGUAUAGUUUCUCCGACCAGUCCUACAAGUAAUAGAAAUAGCGCUUUCGAUUUUCCUGUUCAUGAUGUCGUGGAAUCUCCUAGUGAAGUGAUUUCUUGUUUCAAAGUUACUAGAUUACAUAGGUUCAAAUGGCCUUGGACAGCAAACUUGGUAAUUCGAUACUCUUCUUUUGAAAUAGUACCGUUCUCAAGUGAGUCGGAGAGAAGAAAAUCUUUCUUCCCUCAGCAAUAUCAAAAGAUUACCAAAGUACCGUGGGAGCUCAUGUGCAACGUUGAAUAUCUUGAAAAAGAAAAAUCGAAAUCUACGAAAGAGCAGGCUUAUUAUUUGACGUUCACCUUCUUGUUAGUGGACAAAGGCUUGAUUUCCCCAGACUUCCCUAUGGAAGUAGCUCACGAUAUUCCAGAGAACUCCGAAAAGAGUAUUUGGAAAUCCAUACAAGUUGAGUGCAAGUCUAGAGAGGAUGCUAUUGAUAUUUACAAUCAAGUAAACAGUCUCAUAAAUGCCAGGGAGUCACCAGUACACGAGAAAUGGAUGUUGUCAAAUAAUGGUCUGCUUACUCCAACUGAGUCAUCCAGAAAGUAUUCAGCAAUUUAUGAGGAUGCCGAACCGUCAGAAUCAUCUAGAGCAAACCGAAGACUUCUGAGUAACCAGAGGGUGGCUAGUAUUGUGAAGUUUCUUCGUAUGAAACAAAAGUAA